ACUCUUCUGACAUACGUACCUGCACUCAUUGAACUUCGGGAAACAUGGGAAACGCACCAUCAGGCAUGCCGCCUGGCCAACCUCAAGGCCAGGACAACAAGGAUAACAAGGACAAAAAAGCCGAGCCGCCAAAGAAGAAAUGGGAGCCGCCUCUCCCGACCCGUGUGGGCAAGAAGAAAAGACGCGGACCAGCAACCGCCUCCAAGCUACCCCCCGUCUUCCCUGCUACACGGUGUAGGCUCCGUUUACUUAAGAUGGACCGCAUUAAAGACUACCUGCUCCUGGAAGAGGAAUUCAUUCACAACCAAGAGCGCAUGAAGCCCGAGUCAUCUCGUGAGGAGAAGAAUCAGGAUGAGAGGUCUAAGGUGGAUGAUAUUAGGGGGACGCCGAUGAUGGUGGGCACGCUUGAGGAGAUUGUUGAUGACGACCAUGCUAUCAUCAGUACCGCAAGUGGCCCGGAGUCAUACGUUUCGAUCAUGAGUUUCGUCGACAAGGAUAGGAUCGAGCCCGGGUGCUCAGUCCUACUCAACCACAAGAACCAGGCGGUAGUCGGCGUGCUGGAGGACGAUACCGAUCCUCUGGUCAGUGUCAUGAAAUUAGACAAGGCUCCCACGGAAAGCUACGCUGAUAUCGGUGGUCUCGAGAACCAGAUCCAAGAAAUCAAGGAAUCUGUCGAACUCCCCCUGACACAUCCGGAGUUAUAUGAGGAGAUGGGAAUCAAGCCACCGAAGGGCGUGAUUCUUUACGGUGUUCCUGGAACAGGAAAGACUCUCCUUGCCAAGGCAGUCGCAAACCAAACGUCCGCAACAUUCUUGCGCGUGGUCGGUUCAGAACUUAUCCAGAAGUACCUUGGUGACGGUCCCAAGCUUGUUCGCGAACUCUUCCGCGUAGCCGAAGAACAUGCCCCCAGUAUUGUCUUCAUCGACGAAAUUGACGCUAUAGGUACCAAACGGUAUGAUUCAACAUCGGGCGGCGAACGUGAAAUUCAAAGAACGAUGUUGGAACUACUCAACCAGCUUGAUGGUUUCGACACUCGUGGCGACGUCAAGGUCAUCAUGGCCACGAAUAAGAUCGAGACGCUAGAUCCUGCACUUAUUCGACCAGGUCGUAUAGAUCGAAAGAUUGAAUUCCCACUGCCUGAUGUGAAGACCAAGCGGCAUAUCUUCCGAUUACAUACUUCGCGUAUGAGCCUGAGCGAAGAUGUCGAUCUCGAGGAGUUCAUCAUGGCCAAGGACGAUCUUUCGGGUGCUGAUAUCAAGGCAGUCUGCACAGAGGCUGGUAUGCUGGCUUUGCGAGAACGUCGAAUGCGGGUGACGAAAGCAGACUUCACUGCUGCGAGAGAAAAGGUUUUGUACAGGAAGAACGAAGGCACUCCCGAAGGCUUGUAUCUGUAGAUUAUUCUUGUCAAUCCUUAAUUCGCAUUUCCAUACACUGUCGUCUGAUUGGUGUGCGUGCGUUUUGGUGAAGUGAAACCUUCUGUCCACGCCCACAGUCAGUAUGUCCGCUUUUCUAUUUAACCAUAACUUCCGAACGCUUCCGGUCCUGCCAUAUGCUCCACUUUAGUGAUUUCCACUCAUCUCCAGACCGUCAGUGAUAUAGCUUGAUCAGAUACUAGUUCUCAUUCUCGCCAGCUCUGGGACGUUCGCAGACGUAAUUUAGUCAUGAUUGAGCAUGAUCGCGAAACAAACCAAGUCUAAGCGUUUUCUGCUAUGUAGUCGUGCUGUAGCCGCACUUCAGCUUCCUCCUGUUGUCUCGC